AUGGCACCAAAGUCCCUCAUCAACUCGCUGCGAGAUCGCUACCUCAGCUCGCUACGCUCCGUCCAGCCCCCCUCGAAAUGGAAGGUCCUCGUCAUUGAUUCGGUCACAAAGGAGCUGCUCGCCAGCGUCCUCAAGAUGUACGACAUUCUGCAGGAGAACGUCACCCAGGUCGAUAACAUCGAGCUCUCCCGCGCCCCACAGUCGUCCGUCGAGGCCGCCUACCUCCUCUGCCCGACUAGUCAGAACAUCGAUCGCAUCAUCCGUGACCUCGCACCCGAAGACGGACGCGCCCCCACCUACGCCGCCGGUCACAUCUUCUUUGUCGACAACCUCUCGGACGCUCUCCUCCAAAAGCUCACAAGAUCGAGAGCGGAGCCCAAGUUGCGACAGCUGAUCGAGCUCUACUCAAACUUUUGGCCGCUCGAGGCGCAGGUCUUCUCGCUCAAGACACCACAGAGCUUCCUCACCCUAUACCAGCCCGCCGGCGGCCUCUACGGACCCGAUCCCAUAGAGGCGUUGCAGGCGAUAGAGGACGAGCUGCAAUUCUCCACCCAGACGCUGCUCAACGUCUGCGUCACACUGAACGAGUUUCCUCUGAUUCGGUACUACAACCCGUCGCAUCCGCCCCUAGGUGCGCUCGCCCCAUCCAAGGAGGCCCAGAGCUCCCAGACGGCAGCGUCCAACAUGUACCAGGGCAGCGCUAGGAUGGCGCGGCUGCGCGGCAAUGCCAACGACGGCGCGUUGCCCGGUGCAGGCGGAUCAGGCCCUGGCGUUGGCGAGCACUUCACCCGCAAGCUGGCCAUGCGCCUCCAGAGCGCCAUUGAUCAGUACAUCCGGGACAAUGAGCCCAAGGCGGACCCGGGCCGCCCGCGCGGUAUCCUCUUUCUCACCGACCGCUCCAUGGACACUGCAGCGCCACUGCUGCACGAAUUCUCCUACCAGGCGAUGUGCAACGACCUCCUGCCCAUCGAAGACGGCGCCAAAUUCCAGUACACCUUUGUCGGCGCCGACGGCGAGCGUCAGGAGAAAGAGGCCUUGCUGUCGGACGAGGACGCGGUCUGGACGGGGAUCCGCCACCUGCACAUUGCCGAGGCAAUCGACAAGCUGACGCGUGACUUCCACCAGCACGCCGGAGAGGCGGGCGCCUUCACCGACCAGAACUCAUCGCUCAACGACAUGCGCGACAUGCUCGCCUCGCUGCCGCACAUGCAGGAGAUGAAGGACAAGCUCUCGCUCCACCUCACCAUGGCGCAGGACUGCAUGAACCGCUUCGAGAAGAGCAAGCUGCCCGCACAGGCCAUGGUCGAGCAGAACUGCGCCACCCGGCUGACGCCCGAAGGGCAGAAGCCCAAGACGUUGGUCGAGGAAAUGGUCCCGCUGCUGGAUGAUCGCGCCGUCAGCAACAUGGACAAGGUGCGCAUCAUUGCCCUCUACAUCAUGUACUGCGACGGCGUGCCGGACGAGGACCGCAAGCGGCUCUUCCAGCACGCCCGGCUCGGCCGGUACGAGAUGGACGCCGUCGACAACCUCGUCCACCUCGGCGCUCAGGUGGUCAAGGACGCCUCGAGCAGCGGCUGGGACGCGUGGUUCAAGAAGGGUAAGCGGAAGCAGCAGCCCGGGGAGAACGAGUAUGAGCUCAGUCGGUACCAGCCGCUGGUCAAGCUCAUGAUUGAAGAUCACUUUGCGGGCAAGCUCGACCAAUCGACCUAUCCCUACGUCCGCGAUGCGCCACCCGAGACGCCGUCGCUCGCCUCGUCCGGACGCGAUGCCGCACUUGCCCGCGUCGGCUUCGGCGCGUCGAGCGCGCAGACGCAACCAAAACCGCAACCCAGCAGCCUUCGCAGUGCCAAGCCGACCUGGCACCAAAAGGGCCGUGCCGGGGCAGGCGGCGGCGCCGAGCGUUCCGACAACCGGCAAAGAGUGAUGGUGUUUGUGGCAGGAGGAAUGACGUACUCGGAGAUCCGCAGCGCGUACCAGAUCAGCUCGAAGCUCAACAAGGACUGCUACAUCGGCUCUUCGCACACAUUUACUCCCGAAUCCUUCAUCAACACGCUCAAGCACUUUGGCAAGGCGUCGAGCGGCGCUGGUGCCGGCCCAGACAGGCGCUCCCAUGCCUCGCAUCCGCAGCAGCACGGAGGGCAUCACCCGCACCAUCAGCAGCAGCACCCGCACCAUUCGCACCACCAACAGCACUCGCCGCAGCGUUUACCGGCUGGGGCCAGCACGUUUUCAAAGCCGGUCAACGACAUCAGCGGGAUCCGCACCAGCUCGCUCGCCCAAUCUGGGUACAACGGGCAUCCACCCGAUAACGGGGGAGUGAGCGGCUACGCCAACCCCCCCACCUCGGGCGCGUCGCAGUCGAGCUAUGACAAGCGGUUCCAGGUCCAGAGCGCGUCUUCGUACGGUCAGCAGGACUACCAUCCGGGUCACGGGCAACAGCAGCAGCAGCAGCAGCAGCAGCAGCAGCAGCAGCAGCAGCAGCAGCAGCAGCAGACGCAACAUCUCCAGGCAAGAGGCGUGGUGCCGUCCCACGUAUCCAACGGCGAUGCGGGGAGAGUCAGUCCAGCCCCAAGUCAGCAGAGCGAGCUGAGCCUGAAGAGCCAGAAGGAAAAGAAGAGGUUAAAGAACCCCUUUUCGUUCAAAAAGGGCUAA